CCGAUCCUCCUUGUCACAACACUUGGAUAGUACAUGCAGUUACAGAAGAGUCCACAGUUUUCUUCUUUCAUCAUUACGUUUGAGGGUACAACAAAAUGACAGGUCGUCCAUCUUUGUUGUUCAGACUGACUGCAUUGGCUGUGGCUGUGUCUUUGGUCUCCACUGGUGCUUCUACCACUAACUAUGAAGACGACUGCCACUUGACACAGAUUAAAGUCCCAGUGAUCCUGGACGAAAGCACAGUGAGGCUUCAAAGCCCAGAAUUCACUGCUGUCGACGCAAGUGAGCCACGAGUGAUGUGCGGGAUUGAGUGCCAACGAAAGCUGCCAGAACCGAGGCCUGCUGAGCUGGAACGACUACUGUCUUAUGAAACCAUCUACGAGAAUGGGACACGCAUCUUCACCAAAAUAAAACUGGAAGGGGUCCCUGAUUUAAGAAACACGACCUCUUCUGUGGUCUGUAAGACAGGACACCUUAAACGCAGGAAACGGCAGGUAUACGGCAUGGAUGGGCGCUUUGUGAUCACAGAUAAACACUUCACCACCAAUUACCCCUUUUCUGCCUCAGUGAAGCUCUCCACGGGUUGCUCAGGCAUCUUGGUUUCCCCAAGACAUGUCCUGACUUCAGCCCACUGUGUCCAUGAUGGCCAAGACUAUUUGAAAGGGACCAAGAGGCUCCGAGUGGGUAUCAUGAAGCUUCGCUCCAAACCCAGGGGAGGACGUCGCCAAGGAGGCAGGAGGAGCGGAGAAAAGAGGGGAGAAGCUGAAGGACAACUACUUCAAAAAGUUAGCGACAACAGAAGGAAAAGGAAGAACCGUUUUAGGCGAGACACAGAUUCAGACCAGUCCAGACAACCAGUGUUCCGGUGGACACGAGUCAAACUGACUCGAGUGCCGACAGGUUGGACGAGGAGGGCAGAGAAUGAGGUCUCGGCCGACUACGAUUACGCCCUUCUGGAGCUCAAACGACCCCAUAAGAUGAAGUUCAUGGAGUUAGGAGUCGUUCCAGUGGUUAAGGACAUCCCAGCUGGAAGAAUCCACUUCUCUAGUUUCGAUAAAGACCAAUUAGGGAAAGUGGUCUACCGCUUCUGUUCGGUCUCGGAGGAAUCGAACGACCUGAUGUACCAGUACUGUGAUGCGCAGAAGGGGUCGAGUGGAGCCGGUGUGUACGUGAGGCUACGGGACCAGGUGGGAAAAGGGAAGUGGAAGAGGAAGGUAAUUGGUGUUUUCUCUGGACACCAGUGGGUGGAUGUCGAUGGGAUACAGAAGGACUAUAAUGUGGCAGUCAGAAUAACACCUAGCAAGUACGCCCAGAUAUGCCACUGGAUCCAUGGAGAUGCUAGUCUGUGUAAAUUGGCCUGAAAAAGGUCAAUUCAAGCUCAAGUAACUACAUUAAAUGCAUCCAACUUGUCAACAAGUCCUCAAGACUGCUGGGACGGUCUACUUGCAAACUUUAUAACUGGUCUUAUUUGUGACCUAUUGGAAAGUUCAUGGCGAGUAGUUCUUCACAAGAUGAAAUUGGAUGCAGCAUAUUUCUGGUUUCAUGGCCAAAAUGUGAGACUGUAGGCUUCGUAAUAUCAAGCUCAGGCCAUGUUUACGUUUAAAAGCCAACAUCACCGGCUGAGGCCAAGUAGUCAACUACUGAAAAGAAAAACAACUCGACAUUCAGUACGUUUUUUGUUUAAGUUCUUGAAGAGUUCACCGAAUAUGAAAAGUAUCACCGGGUUACUUGGAGAAGAGCCUGUUUUCCACAGAAGAAAAGUGGAUGGUGAUUCACACUACCUCUGACAAAAUAAAUUGUGAACAGCUUAAAUGUUUUAGAAUAAAAUUAUUUUAAAGCCUGGCAGUGUAAAUCACCAUCCAGUUUUCCUGCAUGGAAAGUUGUAACUCACAUUUAUAGCUUGAAAUGAGUUGGUGGUAGUUCAUAACUGGCGUGAUUGUUUUGGUCUUAUUUAUUUAAUAUGAAAUGCCUUUGUCUAAUAAAGUCCAUUCAGUUAAAAUAUUGAAUUACAAAAACACCCAUUCAUAACUGAACAUCAGCGUCUGCGUCAAUGGUUUUAAUAUCUUUAAGCACAAAAUGCCAAUCAAUUUUCCUUUUUACAUCAUUCUGGUUUAUUGUUAUUCUUUUGAAAUGUCAGAAAAAGGAACAUUUGUUACAUUACACAUGACAAAUAGCCAUGUUAACAGCACAAAAUAAGUAACGCAAACAAAGUGCACAUUCUACACUAACAGCUCAUCUGUUGGAUCCAAAUAUAAAUACAAAGCUGAGCGGAGUGACACCGGAAGCAGCCAACUGAUGAUUUGAUGCAGCUGGGCUUUAACCCUCCAGAGAGCCUGAUUGGACAGCGUCCUGGUAGGACGGUCCGCCCUC